AUGGCUUCUAUUCCAUCUGUCGUACGUGAAAUCAGUUUGGUUGGUGAGCAGAUAUUCGAUCACACUCAAGUGAUUCGAGCGGAAAUUGAUCGGUUCGUAGAUAGAUUCGAAAAAAAUGAACGACAUCGCGAAUUCGAUGGAAUUCUUCGUGCCAGUCAUGCCCUCGUUGAGUCUUCUGAAACACCUGUCGAAGGUCUCUUCGAUAUGGGUAAAAUGCAAACAAUGACUGAAAGUGUGGACGAUAUCACUAAGAAGAUUCAGUCUCUAGUCGAGCCAAAAUACCAAAAGGAACACGAAGUGUAUCUGGAGAAAGUGAAAGAUGAUCAGAAGAAGUAUGUCGAUGCAUGUCGAGAACAAGCAAUCAAUAAAAUGAGAUCCAUGGCUGCUAACCGAUAA